CAAGUACUUCAUGACGUAUAUUUAUCCUAGUUGUAGUUGGACAAGUGAGAGGCCAAGAUGUUGGGAACUGCAACCUGACUUUUUUCACGACUGGAGGACAGCAGUGCCAAAGAACAAUGAUGCUCAACUUGAAGAACGACUCCAGUUUAAACUGCAGCGAUGAAUACCCAAGACAGUCUUCCUGCUUGAACAGUCAUAUUGGGUCUUGUUUGCAAGGCACUCCAUAUAGUGCAUUUCAAAGCGAAAUAAUAAAGCUACCUAAAUUGCUGCUAUAUCACUGCGGAUCGUUGGGUUAUGAACCAUCAAGCAUCAAUUCAGUUGUUCUUAAGUUAGUGGGAUGUAACGGGAAGGAUCUGAAUGGCAUGGUCACCUGCUGGCAUGAUUUUCGAUCCACGUUUGUCGCAAACAGGAGUGAUCCCUCGUUAUGCAGGAAGUUUGCUGAAGGGAAACAAAACUGUACCAACAUUGCUAGAAAAUCAUGUUCAGGUAUUUGCGAGGACAUCACCAAAGAUGCGUACAAUCCCUUCUGUGACAGUGACACCGAUCCCGCUGAUACAUCUGACUUGUCUGAUUGUAUUUUUGCUCUUGGCUGUUCCAACAAGUUUAUUUACGAGAAUGCGGUUAAGUGUGACAAAUCCAGCUUUGAAGCUUUUGCCGAUAGCUCAGAGACGAACUGCAGAGUUGUGCUACAGAACAACAAAGAUUGCUUAAGAGAUAACUUGGUAAGUCAAUGUCCCGCUAUGCAAAAGAAACAAGACAUUUUCGAGGAUGUGGUGAAGACGCUUCGAGCAACCAUGAUGAGUGAGCAGUUUUUCUGUGAAAAAGUAACGCUGGACACGUCUUCGCUCGACGAACUUGUCACAACUGCUAACUGCAAGCCGGAGUUUUUUACAGAUGUCGAGACUAAUUGUGCUGAACCCUUCAGAAAUAUAUACCUUAAUGCGGCGGAGAAGAAAUCCGUAGACGUCUGCAAUGCCUUCGCGGAGGCCAAGAGAUGUCUUAAGAAAGCGCAUAACGACACCUGUAAUUUCGCUUUAAGCACCCGACAGGCCGCCAUGUUUGACGAGGACAAUCCAUUUUGUGCAAGUGGAAAAGAUCCGCAACAGAGUGCAGCGAGCUGGGUACAAGUAAUAACACUACCACUGCUUAUUUCCAGCUUGGCAGGGCUCUUUGCCGGUUUUCCUUGAGAACAGCACUUACUUCAGCCAAUUAGCUAAAAGGACAGUUACAAAAUUCAACUGAUGCAACUACAAUUUAGUUUACUCUCUUUGCUCUCCAUGGCUCACUUUUACAACUUCCUGGCUUCUCAACCGUGCCACAUAUGGUCAACGGAGGCUUCCUGUGUGAGCCCCAGAUUCUUUGGCACUCAACCUGCACCUAUAACAAACGUUUUUUCUUGUUAGCAGCUGUUAUUGUUUUUGGGCUAGGGGCAUUGUUUCUGUUGUUUGUUCUAUUGUCCUCUCAAAGGGUAUCAAGCCAUUCAUGUGAGACCUUGCGAGAGCUGCUACCCCACCUUUUUUCACUAGUCAUCAGUAUAGUUUUGAUUGUUUUAUUUUGAAGCCUGUAAGAGCAAUAUUUCUUGUAAGAGUUCUUACCAUUGUACAAUUUCACAAUUAUGUCAUUCUCAACUGCCUCUUGGUUAUACUCCAGAAGAUGCAAUUGUCAAAUACUUCGAGUGAUUUGCAUUCAGGGUCGUUUGUUUGCAUGGUUGCUUAUUUUUUCGUUUGGUUCAGUGUCUGUUUUUUUUGUUUUUAUUUCUUUGCUGUUGUUGUCAUUGCCCAGUUUUCUUGCUCUUUUGAGAAGAAUGUCAUAUCUGCUAGAAGGUGGGUGGGUACAGCCGGAAAGAUUCGGGAGUGUCAAAAUAAACUAUAACACUUACGACCCGUUUGCUUUACUUUAUUUAAGAAGUUUAAAACAUUUCCUGCAUGUCCAGUGUUUCUAGAAACGCAAGUGAAAGUUUGCAUUGGAAGAACGGGAAAACAUCGAGCAACAAGAACCGUGGGCCAAUGUUUUCACAGCUUUUCCGAGCUCUCCCAAACUUUCAUGAGCAUUUCUUUAACUUGUCAUAAAUACGAAAAUGCUAGAAAUGUUUUAUAGUUCCUUUAGAAAAGACUGCUUCAGAGAGAAAAAACUCAUGCUGGUUCUGUUUUCGUAGUCUGAGUCAAAGAAAGACAGAAAUUUGGCCUUUUGCGACGCUUUCGUAAAGAGCACAGACGUUGAGUUACAUUAUCUGAUGAGCAACUCAAAUGAACGGAAGGGCUAUCCUUGAUGUUUCUUU